AUGUCGGUGACAAUAUGCCAGUCCAUGGGUUUUGUGGUGUCUGCUUUAGGAAUAGGAGGCAUCAUAGCAUCAACGUGCAUGGACCAGUGGAGCACUCAAGACCUGUACAAUAACCCAGUGACAGCAGUGUUCAACUACCAGGGCCUCUGGCGUACGUGUGUCCGGGAGAGCUCCGGCUUCACCGAAUGCCGUGGCUACUUCACCAUCCUGGGGCUACCAGCAAUGUUCCAGGCUGUGAGGGCCCUCAUGAUCGUGGGUAUUGUCCUGGGAAUCCUUGGCCUCCUUGUGUGCAUUUUUGCUCUGAAAUGCAUUCGUAUUGGCAACAUGGAGGAUACUGCAAAAGCCAACAUGACUCUGACCUCUGGCAUCAUGUUUAUUGUUGCUGGUCUUUGUGCCAUCACUGGAGUGUCCGUGUUUGCCAAUAUGCUGGUCACAAACUUCUGGAUGUCCACAGCCAACAUGUACCAAGGAAUGUAUCAGAAUGUCCAGAACAGAUAUACCUUCGGCUCAGCCCUCUUUGUUGGCUGGGUGGCAGGUGGUCUGGCCCUCGUAGGAGGCAUCAUGAUGUGCCUGGCUUGCAGAGGGCUGAUUCCAGAAGAAUCCCGCUACAAAGCAGUAUCCUACAAUGCUUCAGGACGGAAUAUCUCCUACAGAACAGGGCCGUAUAAGGUUGCUUCAGGGUAUGAACCCGAAACGAAGACUAAGAAAGGUGCAGGAUAUGAAGAAGCUGCUCGAAGUGAGGAUGGAAGACGCUCGUACCCUUCAAAAUAUGACUACGUCUAG